UACAACUUCGAAUAGUCAUCGAAAGAUUUGUAAAAAAAACAAAACAAAAAAAAAGGAAAAAAGAAAGAAAACCCCUUUACGUUGACUUUCGUCGUUGUGCAUGUUUGGUGGUUGUAUCAGUUAUGGCAAGCUGUGAUCAUAAGCCGUGGCUCCUAGGAAUCUUUACCCUGUGCGCUCUUUGUCUUGUCUUCUGUUACCCAUGGGCUCAUUAUGAAAGCGGCCGCAUCAACGCAGAAGAACACACAUGGAAUCUAAUCACCAUCAAUAUGUCCAGCAUGUAUACAAACACUGAGCAGUGCAACAUCCUUGUCACAAACAACAGUGCCCAUGUCCUUCGGAAAUACUUUGAUGACCCUGACGACCUGAUCAUGUACCUAAGCAUCGCAUUUGACUCCAAAAGCAGCGUGGACAAAUCUUCCGAUGAGGAUGUGGUUCUACCUCUGAGAUGGAUCUGGACUUAUGGAAAAGGUUUAGACUACCUGGACUGGCCUGAGGAAUAUUUCAUUUGGUCGUUCGGGUUGCUGACCUCUGAUACUCCCGACAUACCCGUCACCUUUACAGCCUACCCACCAAAUUGCACUGUGCACUACGGCCGUCGCAACACCACCUUUAUGAUGGCAUAUGCCCUAAGCCAAAUGGCGGAACAGUACUUGAAGGUGAAGGCUAAACAUUACAGAGGUAGUACGUGGUGUUACACCACAGUGGUCAAAGAAAAACAUGCGGACACAUUCAUCCGCAACUUCGGAUAUUUUGUGGGCCAGUUUGGAUACAGAUGUUGCAAUGUAUCGGACGAGAAUGCCGUCACCUGUUUUGACAAAGCAAAACGUCCAAAUCAGCUAUAUACAACUAUUCCGUUUUAUGUCGCCUUUUUCGCCCUGCUCAUUUCACCUCUUUUAUAUUCGUUUUUGAUAGAAUGGACAUGGCCAUUAAAUGCCGUGUGUUUGGUCAAGCAAACGAAGCAGCGACAAGACUACAUUAAUAUUGAUGAUGAUAAGUGGUUAUUUCUUGAAAACAAAAGUCCAAUAUCAUUUUUCUCUUGUAUCACAUCGUUCCUAGGAAACUUGUGUUUCCCACAAUCAUUUUGCAAGAUAGUCGCGAAGGCAGUUGUUCUUGGCCUUAUUUUUCCUGGUUUAAUAUACGCCAAGUUAAUACUUUACACGUUCGCUGAUCACGUUUCUGCAUAUCUCGACGACAAAAUCAAACACAAUCUUCCAGUAGGAUUUUCUUCCAUGCUUUUUUCAGUGAAAAGUCAAUCUGCAAAUUUUUUAACGCUUACUGGGGGCCCGUUUGUAAUGUUAACCAUAGUGUUUUUAAUCUGGUUAGUGUUUUUAAUCGUUGAAGAAUUAAAGAUUUCUAAGGACGAAGACACCAAACAACGUGCAGCAAACUUGGUUUGUUUGAACGACGCUUCAACAGAAAGUGUUUGUGAUACUAUCAAAAAUAAUACCAUUACCGUCUUCCAGAAAUCAACCUGGGUGCAAGCCUGGUCCACUGUAUCCAAACCCGAAGCGGUAUUUAAUAUUUUUAAACACGCGUUAUUUAACGUUAUUCCUUUGGUUUUUGCAUUUCGUUUCAUCACGGCUCGUAUUAUUUGCGUAAGGACAGGCAACGGGUUCCUAUCUGUUUUCCUGACACUACUUACAUUGACAGCUUGUUGCUAUUCACUGUUUGCAUAUUGUGCUAUUUUUAUUGCCUCUUUUGAGUCUCUGACACUUAUUGCAAUGUUUCUAUACAUGUCGGUUGUUAAAUAUCCAGAUGUUACUGGUGGGUAUAUAGCCCUUAUUAUUGGCCUAGUGUAUAUUAUUAUUAGCAGCCUAAGAUAUCCUGCCCACAAAUACUUACGGUUUCUGCAAAUGGUGAUCGAAAGCCUGAAGUAUGUUGCUAACGUUGAAGUUGCAUGCGAAAUCAGAAAUGAGACCUUGGAUUUAAUAUAUUUCAACCCUAACCAAAUAAAACAAUACGCUCAAUUUGAUGAUGAUGAUGGUAAUAGAACGGAAUGUGUGCUAGUAAGAAAUACCUUGGUAGUUCGGAGUAGACAAAAUAUUGAAUAUUUUCGCAUCAAUGACAUCUACGUAAACUUAACAAGAAACGAAACAAUGAAAGACCAUCCUCCACCCAAACCCUAUCUGAAAUACAAAGAUGGAAAACUGGCCAUUGACAACGAAUUGUUUAUGAAAUUAGUUCAUGAGCUGAAGCCCAUUAAGAAAUCCAUAGCACUGGCCAUUGUAAAGACACUCAUGUCGGUAUUGUUUUUAAUACUGACCGCUGUCUUGGUGAAGCAGAUGCAUCAGGUAGUUCACAUCAGUUCGAUAUCAAACGUCGUCACGGCGUACAUAGUUGUGAAAAUCCCACAGCUCAUAAACAUUAUCGUGAAGGAUACUGACCCAGAGAUAAAAAAGGAUAUUCUUAAGGAAAAAAUAAAAUAUGAAACGUUUAAGUAUACAAAGGGCGAAACAGAAGGUAGACCAGAUGACGAACGAGGGUCGGAGUAGGGAGUUCAGAUACGGGGCUUACACUGGAACAAAUUUUGUUGUAGCCAGUUUUCAGAUAUAUAGAGCAUUUCUUUGAAAUUAUUCAAAAUUGGUUAAUUUAAUGAACAUUUUAUCAGCCAAACACUAAAUGUGCUUUACAUAAAAAAUAGCAAUUGGCUAAUUUGGCAAUGUACAGAGUGAGCCCUGCAUAUAAACGCCAUUGUUAAAAUAAAAUGGCCGGCCUCGGCGGUAUAGUGGUAAAGGCUGGGAGAUAAUGGGUUCGCCUCCCUGUACACCAUGACGAUAUUAUUAUACUGUACGUUAUUAUACUCUGGUAGGUUCUCGGUUCGCCUACCAGUGAAUGCUCCCAGCCCGAGUCAGGAUUAACUACUCAAUUGAAACCCGAAUCUAGGUCAUUAACCUCGAUUGUAUGCUGACAUUCGAACACCAGCUGCACUGAAUGUUACUUUUUGAUUCAUUCAGAGAUCAUCAUAAAUAGAUGCUUCGAAGAUAGCUUGACAAUUCAACAUAAUUCAUCAACAAUAAUUAGAUAAAAAUUUGCGUUUUUGUUAAAUUUUGUCAAUAGCGUAACGGUCCACACCGUAACAUUAUGACGUUAUGAUUUUGAUCGAGUGUCUAAAUAACCACAUGUUCAACAUGAAAUAGCUUUAAAAUGUACUGAUGUGUCGCUAAACAAAUAUUAAUUUGUGAACAUGAAAUAGAUGCGUCCAACAUUCUGGAAGCUUUCUCAGUGUUAAAAUAAAUGAAAUACUUUAGUAUGUUCAUAUUAUUUAGCUGUUUGAUGGGCGACUCAGAAAUGCGAACCAGUAAAUGUUCAUCACGUAUAAAAUAUUUCGAUUUUGUAUUAAAAGAAAACAAAGUAUGUCAACACCGUAACAUGGAUGCCAUUAAUAUCAGACCCUGUUUCGAAAAGAAAGUUGAUAAAACAAUAAAAUCCUUUGUAAAGGUCGCUGCCUGAAUUUGAAAUACAUUCACCUCACGCCAGAGCUAAGACAUGACCAUAAAACAUCAUAUUUUAAAAACAUUAUUUUUACAAAGAUACUACUAUACAAAAUGACACCUUUAGGGAGAAUGGUCCAUAUAUAUACAGAACUUCACAUACGUUGUGUUCGCUUCCUAUUUAUUGCACGAGUUUAUUUUUCUCAAGAAUAUAUACCACGAGACAGCUAGUUAUGUAUUUAUUACAUACUUUUUGUUAUGCUUUACAAAAACUAUUUUUAAUUUAACGUCAGAACAACGCUUUCUUAAAUUUAUGAUCAAUACUCCUUUCAUGGAUUUACGUAACAUAAAGAAUCAUACUCUGCAGCAAUAUUGUGUAAUGUUUCAAAGGCAAUGUGGCGUAAUUUGUAAAUCAUAUAUGACGUCAGUAACCAAAAAGGCGUUAACUCCAGUAAAGAUAAAAAGGGAAUUUCCCAUUUAACAAUUCCGGUCCAGAUCGCACAUAUGUGAAAUACAAGAUAAAAGUUAUCACACGGUUUGAAAAUGUCUUUAUCACUAUAGUAAGGUUGAAAAAAAGAAGAAAAAAAAAAGGAAUGCAAAUAGAGUAUGAUACUGUUUUAUUGACAGCAUUUCAUUUUUUUUAAAUAUCUAGAUUGCCUAUGUAGAAAGGGAAGUUGGCAGUCUAUUUGUUUUCUGUACUAACAUAUUAACACAGAGUUGUUUUUACCGGAGUGUUAAAUGAAGGAACAGAAGUCACAGGUUGGUUUGUAGGUUGUUAUUUUCAACUCCAACAUGUAAUAAUAAGAUAUGAUUAUGAUAUAAAACUUUCACUCGGAUCUUCUAGUAGAGUUUGUGUUUUGUCAGAGAACUUCAAGGCGUGUGAACAGAAUCUGUUCUCCCCAAGUAUAUCUUCCAGUAGAGUUUGUGCUUUGUCAGAGAACUUCAAGGCGUGUGAACAGAAUCUGUUCUCCCCGAGUCUAUCUUCCAGUAGAGUUUGUGCUUUGUCAGAGAACUUCAAGGCGUGUGAACAGAAUCUGUUCUCCCCGAGUCUAUCUUCCAGUAGAGUUUGUGCUUUGUCAGAGAACUUCAAGGCGUGUGAACAGAAUCUGUUCUCCCCGAGUCUAUCUUCCAGUAGAGUGUGUGUCUUGUCAGAGAACUUCAAGGCGAGUGAACAGAAUCUGUUCUCCCCGAGUCUAUCUUCCAAUAGAGUUUGUGCUUUGUCAGAGAACUUCAAGGCGUGUGAACAGAAUCUGUUCUCCCCGAGUCUGUAUUUCAUGACCAAAACCAAGACCAAAUUGUUUAACGUGCACAUUCAGAGCAAGCUGUUGUAGCGCACGCCUGUCCUGGGCACAGGUACCGGCCUCAACCGGUUCAUCCGUCCAGGACCAAGUAUUUCAUGGAUAAAAUGUCCUUAUUUAUAGCACACAUACUAAACACGUUGUCCAGGUAAUAAUAUAAACUUGUCAUGGUGUACUCGUUAAGCCGCCUGCCAUACCCGUGCCGCAAUUAAACUGCAUUGUAUCAUUCUCCACCAUUGUUCCGUACUAUUGUACAUAAUAUUGUAUUUCAUUGUUAUAAUGCUGAUAAGUUGCAAAACUUAACGCAAUAAAGAACUUGAACUUGAUUGCUCGUUACAUCUUUAAUGAGCGUUGGGUUCAUUGGCAAGUGACUAAGUGGAUACCACAGCAGACGUCAGAUAACCAAGUAACCAAUUCUAAUUAAUGCGCUUGUUAAAAAUAAAUAUAUAAUCCGUAUUGUUAUAAAGUUGAAGUUUAGCACUGUGACAAUAUAUUAUAUGUGUUUUAUUGUAAUAUUCAUAUUAUAUUAUAUCUGUGUCGAUUAUUUUACAUAGUCUCUUAUAACUUUAUAUGGAGUGUCUCAGUGCUAUUUUAUAUUGUAUGGUAUUUAGUGAUCUACUUUUAAUAACUGUGGUAAGACUUUAGUAAAACAACAUGUCUGUCUGCUAGUUUGUCAUCUUGCAAUUGUUACUGUUGUGGAUGAAAUGCUAAUUAGUACUACUAGUCAAGACAAGACAAGACAAGACAAGACAAGACAAGAAUUUAUUACACUCAGACCGUAUUCUACGGCAUAAUAUGAGGACAUGUGUUCAAUGGUAGGACAUGGUUUACAGGAGCAGAGAAUAGUAGUAGUACAGAUAUAAUACAAAUACAUAUAAACUUAAGGUUUCUUAAAUUUAUUCAUGAUUUCUUUUAUUAGUUUGCAUGUGUUUUUUUAAAUAACUAAUUCUGUGGGUAUUCAUUAAUUCAUUAUACUUUAAUGUACUUGGUUUAACAGUUCUGUAAUAUAUAUACUUGUAUAUAAUCAGUUAUCUGUAAUGCAUGGCAUGUGAAUGUUUACAAAAUUAAUCUGCAUCGUGUUUUGUGUAUUUGUAGUAUCCGGUUUUGAUGAAUAAAUAGAAUUAUCAUCU